AGUUAGUGUGCAUCGCAGGUUUUCCGAAAGGAAACUUAUAGGGAUUUAUGGGAUUAUGUAGAGAACUAUGUAGCGAAUCUCCUCAGAUUUGCCAUGGGGACUCGAGGGGAUUCUGCCCGCAGAGCGUUCCAGGCACCUGUGGACGUCCAUGCCAGUGCGGAUGGUCAGGUGUACCUCUUCAGUGGUGGGCCUGAUGACAUGUUAGAGGACUCCUCAGAAGAAGAAUUAAAUGUGAUGAAACUGAGGCCCCGUGGCCCAGCAUCAGCCAAGCGGGAGCAGAAGCGAGCUGGGGACAUCCUACUGCUUGAGCGAGACAUUUCGCAUGGUGACACCCUCAAUACUUUGGCACUGCAGUAUGGCUGCAAGGUAGCUGAUAUAAAGCGAGUGAACAAUCUCAUCCGAGAACAGGACUUGUAUGCGUUGAAGUCCAUCAAAAUUCCAGUGAAGAAGCACGGCCUUUUGACAGAGAGGAACAGCGAGCUCACCGGCAUUCAGCCAGGGAUGCAGCUCCCUCUGCCCCAGGGCUCAGCUGCUCUAGGACCCGGCCGGCCUCACUUGCAGGAAUACACAGAUUUCCUCAGAGAAAUUGACCGUGACAUCGAGCGGCUCAUCCAGACCACAGAGAACCAAGGCGAUGUGCUCUCUGAUACCCAAAAUGAACAGCAGCAGCACUCUGCGGACACGACUUCAGCCAACUAUGGAGCAGACUGGGGCAUUCAGUGGUGGAAUGCUGUGGUAGUCAUGCUUUUGAUUGGUAUCAUUUUGCCCUUGUUUUACGUAGUUUAUUACAAAACGCAGGAGAGACAGACUCAUUUGAAUGACAGUGUAAUGAGCACUACCUUCCUGUCUACCUCGAACAGCACAGGAAUAAAUCUCAGUACGACAAACUAGAUACUCAGUUUACAGAAAUUAUGAGAAGUGUAACUUGAAACUGAAACUCUUUAGAAAUUGUUCUUAAAUUUUUUUGUCCAACGCAAGAGAAAUGUUCAUAUUUAAUUUUUUUUAACGUUACUUCA